AUUCAACCCUCCAUUUCCUCAGAGAUGAUUACGCCUUUGGCCUUUAAACCCUCAGAAAGAGCAGAAGAAAGCUGCGGUUUUUCUGUUCACUUUACAUACUUUCUCCCCGUUUGAAUUUCUCUCUGCAACUGAGAAUGGAAAAUCUUUCUCUCGCUUCCUCAAACUAUCUCUUAUUAGGCUCUUCUCCACACCCCAAUGGGCUCUCGACCAGACGCUUCUUCGCCUUUCCCAAUCCGUCUAGAAAGAGGAGAGAAGGCCUACCCAGUACCAGAAAUAUUGUGUCUGCUCUCGGCCAGGGAAGUAUAGAUGGCAAACCCACCCGAAGAUUUCCCAAAAAUGUGUUGGAGAAACUGGGUGUGGAGGCCUUUGCUAGUAUUUCUUCAAGCAGCAGGGAAACAUCUUCAGUUGGCAUCAAUCCUCAGCUUUCUGCACCACCCCCACCAUCUUCUAUAGGGUCUCCUCUCUUCUGGAUUGCAGUUGGGGUUGGACUCUCAGCGUUAUUUUCAUGGGUGGCAACGAACUUAAAGAAAUAUGCUAUGCAGCAAGCCUUCAAGACUCUGAUGGGUCAGAUGCCCACUGAAAGCAAACAAUUCAACAAUACUGCCUUUUCUCAGGGAUCACCAUUCCCAUUUCCAAUACCCACUGCAUCAGCCCCAGCUGAAUCACCUUCUCCUAUUCCUUCACAAGCGGCAGUUACUGUGGAUGUCACUGCAACUAAAGUAAAAGCAACACAAGACACAGAAGUCAAAGUUGACCCAGAAAUAAAGAAGGAACCCCAAAGAUAUGCUUUUGUAGACGUUUCUACUGAUGAGAUGUCGCAAAAAUCUCCAUUUGAAAGCUCAAACUCAGUUGAGACAAGUUCCUCCAAGGAUGUUCGGUUGGCUGAGGAAGUUUCUCAAAACGGUGCUGCAACCGAGCAGAACAUGGGUGCUUCUAGUGAGCAAUCCAAAUCUACUCGAAAACCCGGUUCUGUCUUGUCAGUGGAAGCUUUAGAGAAAAUGAUGGAAGAUCCAACAGUGCAAAAGAUGGUCUAUCCCUAUUUGCCUGAGGAGAUGAAGAACCCUGCUACCUUCAAAUGGAUGCUUCAGAAUCCACAAUAUCGUCAACAGUUGGAAGAAAUGCUAAACAAUAUGGGAGGGAGCGAUGAAUGGGACAAUCAAAUGAUGGAUUCCUUGAAAAAUUUUGACCUUAGCAGUCCAGAGGUCAAGCAACAGUUUG